AUGCAGGAGAAGAAAAAGUUAAGUAAAAGAAGAUCAGCAGGUGUAUUACAUUCAUCUAAAAAAAAAACGAAAAGUAGACUGUUAUCUUCACUUCCAGCGCAAAUGUCACGGCGACAUUCAAGCAAAAAACGGUCAAUUACAGAAAAAUCUUCAUUUGGACAUCCGCAUCGUUCGAGCAGCACUUAUCACGAUUAUCGUAAUCAUCGUACUCAGAAUGUUAUCACAAAAGAUCGUACUUCUACAUUAUCAUCGAAACAUUCUACCACCAAUACACUUAUCAGUGAUACCACAAAUUUUAAUUCAUCUCAAUUAACAUUAUCACUAAAGAAUGAUAACAAGAGUGAAUCAGAAGAUGAUGAUAAGUUGACCAAAGAUGAAAAGAAGGAAAAAAUACAAAAAGCGAUACUCUCAUGGAUACGUAAUGUAUUAGCUAAAGGAAUUAAUGGAAUAAAGGAAGAUUUUGAACGAUUAAAUCGAACACCAAGAAUGGAAAUUCUUUAUGGAUCACCUGAAGAUGAAAGAAAUCGUUAUCGAGAUAUUAGAUGUAUUGAAAAAACACGUGUUAUUCUUGAAAAUGUUGACGUACAAGCAAAUUACAUUCAUGCAAAUUUCAUUUAUUCUGGAAAGCGUAAAAAACGUUUCAUUUGCACACAGGCACCAAUGGAAACAACAAUUGAAGAUUUUUGGCGAAUGAUAUGUCAAACACAAUGUGAAUAUAUUAUUAUGUUAUGUGAUUUAAUUGAAAAUAAUAUGUCAGUUUGCGCCGAUUAUUGGCCACGUGAGGAAGGACAACGAACCGAAUAUGGCGAUACGGAAGUGAGAAAUUUCAUGAUAAAAAAGAUAGAAAUACAAGAAGAUAAUGUGAAUUAUACAGCAAUUAAAAGUAAACUUCGUAUUAUUUCACGAUUGGGACUUCAUAAUUGCACCCAUUUUUAUUGGCCUGAAUGGACUGAUCAAAUGCCACCGCCAUCGUUUGAAAUGUUACAACGAAUUUCAAAAGAAAUUAGACAAUCAAAAUUUCCAAUAACAGUUCAUUGUACAACAGGAAUUGGUCGUUCUGCUACAUUUGUUGCUAUUGAAUUGGUACUUGAAAUGUUAAGUAAAGGUCAAACUUGUACUAUGAUUGAUUUAUUGUCAAAUUUACGAAAACAACGAGCACAAGCUAUUAAUUCUUCGAAACAAUAUCUAGCAGUACACAAGUAUAUUAUAAAUUAUUUGAUAAGUCGUAAAAAAAUUCCGACAGAAAUGUUGAAAGAUGUGGAUGAAUUUUUAAAUGCAUGCAAUAAACAAAUGAUCGAUAAAGUGAUCAAUGAUGAAACAAUAAAACUAUCACCCUAA